AUGCCCUCGAACGCGCCGGCGCGAGCGCGAACGUACCGCGCGAGCGACGUGACGUGCGGACGCAAGGCGGCGAAGAUCGCGCAGAAGAAGGGCAAGACGGACGCGGCGCGCACGAAGCUGUACGGAAGGUACGGGAAGCUGAUCGCGCAGACGGUGAAGCAGGGAGGGAGCGCGGACCCGGUGGCGAACGCGGCGCUGGGGAAACUGCUGAAGCAGGCGCAAGCGGCGAACGUGCCGAGAGAUUUGAUCGAAAGAAACAUAAAAAAGGCGGCGGAAGGGAAAUCUGGGGAUUACUUUGAGCUGACGUACGAGGUGUACGGGGCGGGAGGGGUCGGGAUCGUGUGCGAGGUGCUGACGGAUAACGUCAACCGCGCGGCGAGCGAGACGAGAACCGCGGCGACGAAGGCUGGGGGCAAGAUGGCCGAAUCGGGAAGCGUUAUGUUUAACUUUAAUCGACGCGGCGUGUGCGUGCUCGACGGUGGCGACGAAGAGGCGGUGUUUGAGGCGGCGAUGGAAGCCGGCGCCGAGGACAUCGUUCCGCGACGCGACGGCGCCGAGGGUUGGGACGUCGUCUGCGAGCUGGACGAUUUCUCCGCCGUGCAGGACGCGCUCAGCGAAGCGGGAUUCACGAUCAACGAAGACACCGGGCUGAAGUGCAUCCCGAUCAACGAGAUCGAGACGAGCGACGAAGACGCCGACGUCAACGACAAGAUCAUCGACGCGCUGCUCGAUCUCGACGACGUCGACGCGGUGUACUCGCAAUAA